AUGGAGCCACUUGUUGCACUACUGCAUCUGGUAAUGGCCAUCAUGACUUUCUCUAAAGCUAACGAGACUUUCUGUACUCUGCGUGGAGAGCCUGCAUACCCGCCAUUAUGGAAAGAUGGAGACAUCAUACUUGGAGGGGUUUUCUCAUUCCAUAGCAGCUGGGAGGUCAGACAGCUAACAUAUUCAGUUACCCCACCUCCACUGAAGUGCGUCAGUCUUAAUUUCAGAGACUUCCAGUAUGCACAGUCCAUGCUCUUCGCUAUAGAGGAAAUUAAUAACAGCUCCAGUUUGCUGCCUGGGGUCUCAUUAGGCUACAAGAUCUAUGAUACAUGUGGCUCUGUGGCAGUAGGCGUUCGAUCAGCUAUGGCUCUUGCUAAUGGGCAUGAGAAAACAUCUGUUGAAGGGCCCUGCACAAAGCAAGCUGAGGUGCAAGCCAUUAUAGGGGACACAACAUCAUCAGCAUGCAUGGCAAUAGCAAAGAGUGUUGGACCAUUCAGUCUUCCAGUGAUCAGUCACUAUGCUACUUGUGAGUGUCUCAGUGACAAAAUGAAGUACCCUUCAUUUCUUCGAACUAUUGCAAGUGACCACUACCAGAGCAGAGCACUGGCAGAACUGGUCAGACACCUUGGGUGGACCUGGGUUGGAGCCUUAAGAACGGAUGAUGAUUAUGGUAACAGUGGGAUGGCCACUUUCACUAAGGUGGCAGAGCAGAUGGGAAUCUGUUUGGAAUAUUCGCUUCCGUUUUUCAGAACCUACACUGAAGACAAAAUAAUGAGAAUACUUGAGCAGAUAAAAAGCUCUACUUCUCGAGUGAUUGUGGGAUUUCUUGCCCACUGGGACUUGGAGGUUCUGUUGCAUAAAUUUGUUGAACACAACAUCACAGGAUACCAGUGGGUAGGCACUGAGGCCUGGAUAUCCGAUUCAGUAAUUGCCAGUAUGGAUAAGCACCACAUUCUACAAGGGGCCAUUGGGCUGGCAAUACCCAAAACACAGGUGACAGGUCUAAAGGAGUUUAUUCUAGACAUUAAGGCACUGAAGUCUUCAGGAAGUGUCAUAUUUACUGAAGUCUGGGAAGAACUGUUUCAGUGUCAAUACUCCACAGAGAAUGAUUCAAUGUCCUCAACUGCAUGUACAGGCAAUGAGGAGCUGUCUCAGAUGCAAAACACAUUCACAGACAUGUCACUUAUGCCCAUCUUCAGUAAUGUGUACAAAGGAGUGUAUGCUGUUGCUCAUACACUUCAUGAUCUUCUGAGCUGCAAGGACAAAUGUGCCACAAAGAAACAGUCUGAUCCCUCAACAUUUCUGAAGCACUUAAAAAAAGUGCGUUUCAAAACCAAAGAUGGUGAAGAGGUUUACUUCGAUGAGAAUGGUGACCCUGUGGCAAAGUAUGAAAUAAUAAAUUGGCAUCCAAGUAAAAAAGAACACUACGAGUUUGUCACUGUUGGGCUUUAUGAUGCUUCGUUCCUGGGGAGGGAUCGUUUAGCUGUGAAAAUGGCUUCAAUUUUAUGGGCAAAUAAUUCAACAAAGGUACCUUUAUCUUUGUGCAGUGAAAGCUGUCCUCAAGGCACUAGGAAGGCUGUGCAAAAAGGAAAACCUUUAUGCUGUUAUGACUGUAUACCAUGUACAGAAGGAGAGAUCAGUAAUGCUACAGAUUCUAUAACAUGUCUGCGGUGCAAUCAAGACUUCUGGUCAAAUCAGCAAAAGGAUGGAUGUGUUGAGAAGGAAACUGAAUUUUUGUCUUACGAGGAGAUCAUGGGAAUUUUGCUCACAACCAUUUCAACUGUUGGGGCAUUUUUAACAAUAAUAAUUGCAAUCAUAUUUUUUAGAUAUAAAAACACGCCAAUAGUUAAAGCCAAUAACUCAGAGCUGAGCUUUUUGCUACUGUUUUCACUGAUGUUGUGUUUUCUCUGUUCACUUACUUUUAUUGGUCAGCCUUCUGAAUGGUCCUGUAUGUUGCGUCACACAGCAUUUGGUAUCACUUUUGUCCUCUGUAUCUCCUGUGUGCUGGGGAAAACAAUAGUGGUGUUAAUGGCCUUCAAGGCUACACUUCCAGGCAGUAAUGUUAUGAAAUGGUUUGGGCCUGCUCAACAGAGACUCAGUGUUCUUGGUUUCACUCUCAUUCAAGUUCUGAUUUGUAUACUUUGGUUAACAAUUUCUCCCCCUUUUCCCUUUAAAAAUCUAAAUUACUUCAAAGAAAAGAUCAUUUUAGAAUGUAAUGUGGGCUCAGUUAUAGGUUUCUGGGCUGUGUUGGGUUAUAUUGGACUCCUUGCUAUUCUAUGUUUCUUUUUGGCUUUUCUGGCUCGGAAACUUCCUGAUAACUUUAAUGAAGCCAAAUUCAUCACAUUUAGUAUGCUUAUUUUCUGUUCUGUUUGGAUUGCUUUUAUUCCAGCUUAUGUCAGUUCGCCUGGAAAAUUCACUGUGGCAGUGGAGAUUUUUGCCAUUUUAGCCUCUACCUAUGGAAUGUUAUUUUGUAUCUUCAUUCCUAAAUGCUAUAUUAUUUUAUGGAAACCAGACAAGAACUCCAAAAAACAUUUGAUGGGCAAAGUACCCUCAAGAGCUCUUUGA